AUGGCUCCUCCUAUUCUCCCGUUUCGGGAUAUCAACCUACACGCCUCGCCCUCCCACUAUGCCUUUACUUCGCCAUCAUCACGCCAGGCACCCACUCUAGUAGUCGACCGACCAACUGGUGAUUUACGCUUGAACGAUGGCCCCCUUCCUGGUGCCAAGCGCAUUUCCAGUAUUGCCGGAAUUCUCGGAAUUCUCAAGCUGAAGCUUGAUAAAUACAUCAUUGUUAUCACCAAAGCCCAACCCAUGGGACGGUUGCGCGGCCAUAUGGUGUACAAAGUCGCCGGAACAGAAUUCCUCCCCAUGCGAGAACGGCCGCUGCACGACACCGACGAAGAUGCCUAUCUUACAGUGGUGAAAGACCUACUUCGAAGGGGACCCAUGUAUUUCUCCUACUCGCUGGAUAUCACCAAUAGUUUCCAGCGACAGUCACAAAAUGCCCCUAAUGUCCCGAUGUGGAAGGGCGCAGACGACCGCUUCUUCUGGAAUCGCUUCAUUCAAUCCGAUUUGAUCAACUUCAGCCUCGGGGCAAACGAUACAAGUGGAAUUCGCUACGGUCCUCAACCAGGCGCUGACCCAUACAUUUUGCCAGUGAUGUUCGGCAUGAUGCGCAUUACUCCUGCCCGAGUGAAGUCGACAUCCUUCACCUUCGCGCUUAUCACUCGACGAUCUAGACACCGAGCCGGAACGAGAUACUUCUCUCGUGGAAUCGACGAGCAAGGAAACGUUUCAAACUACAACGAGACCGAGCAGAUUGUGAUCUUGAAUGACUCGGCGGGUGGCUUAUCUGGGUUUGGUGGAGGUCAAUCAAUGACCAGUGGUAAAGCUGGGCAAGACCUUCAAGUCUACUCUUUUGUGCAAACUCGAGGCAGUGUCCCCGUAUUUUGGGCUGAAGUUAAUGAUCUCAAAUACACACCGAAGCUUCAGGUUCGUGAGGUUGAGACCUCCGUCGAAGCUGCGCGGAAGCAUUUCGCCGAACAGAUCCGCAUCUACGGAGAAAACUACAUGGUCAAUCUCGUGAACCAAAAGGGCAGGGAGGAGAAUGUGAAGCGCGCAUAUGAGCAGCUGGUUCGGACACUAGUCACUUCCACAUCUGAAAGCACCGAGGCUGAUGAACGCACCCCUGAAAAGAUGCAUGUUUUGGAACCAGGGCACAAGGAGAAAGAGAUGGACCGCCUGCAUUAUGUGUACUUUGAUUUCCACAACGAGACUAAGGGCCUCAAGUGGCAUCGUGCAGAGCUUCUCAUGGGCCGUCUGAACGACGGGCUGACCCAGGGCGGUUAUUUCCGUGGAGUGGAGAGUCCUGGUGCCCCUGGUGGGCAGUUGGAUACUCGCUCUACGCAAACGAGUGUUGUCCGAACGAACUGCAUGGACUGCCUGGACCGCACCAAUGUAGUGCAGAGCAUGCUCGGCCGCUGGGCGGUUACACGGCAGCUUAUGGAUGCGGGUGUUCUCCGUCCCGGAGAGACUGCCAACGAUGACCAGGAGUUUGCAGACCUGUUCCGGAAUAUCUGGGCAGACAACGCAGAUGUGGUCUCCAAGUCUUAUUCCGGUACUGGUGCCCUGAAGACUGAUUUCACUCGGACUGGCAAACGUACGCGGGCCGGCAUGCUGCAAGAUUUGAAUAAUUCCAUUACGCGAUAUGUACGCAACAAUUUUAUGGACGGCCCACGACAAGAUGGGUUCGACGUAUUUAUGGGCACCUAUCUCCCAUCGGACUCAACAUUUGCCAAUAUUCAGCUAUUCCUUGACCAGCGACCACUUGUCAUCCAGUCAGUUCCAUAUGUUCUCGCUGCUAGUGUGUUUAUGGUCUUGGUAGCACUUUUCACAAGACGAUUGCCUGAUGCCACUGUUUGGCCCCUUCGCUUGUUUAUGAUUUUCUGGUUCCUUGUGGCGGUCUACUGUUUCCGUUUCGUGCAUGGACAUGGCAUGCUCUAUGUUAAUUGGCCCAAGCUGAACACGCCGGUCGCUGGCGCUGAGGGCUACCAGGAUGCUCUCAUCAAAGCACGCUCUGAUCCCAUCAUCGGUAACUGGCUUCCUUCCAGACGGCACCAGCGUGGUAUUAGUAAUGCCCGUCUCGUCUUUUUGGAAGAGGGCAAGACUAGGAUUGAGUGA